GGUAAAUUUAUCCAAUCAAGAAAGUCGGAAUCAAAUUGUCAAUAUAACCAGUAAUUAUUUCAUGAUUAAUAGCUGAAAACUAUCAAACAUCUGUUUAGUUCGUGUUAUGUACGUAAGCAAGAGUGACUACCUUUACAUGUAUGGCGGCCUACCGUAUAAACUCUUAUGGCACUUACGAAAGCGACAUUUUGGCUGCUAGUACUGGUGUCCUCUUUGCAAAUAUCAAAAGCAGAAUGGUCGGCAGAAGGACGUGUUGGAUUACGAUUUUACACGGAAGGCCCCAAUGUCUACAUAGAGGAACCAAUAGAGUCAGGAGUAAACAUCUUCAGCCACAACCAUUUCAAUAGCACUCUACCGGUGGUCAUACUUAUUCAUGGAAUGGAUGCGUCAGUCGACUGCAUAUUUGUAGAGGAGAGUGUCAAAGCAAUGUACUUCCGGGGGUUGAACAAAAACUUCAACAUCAUAGCUCUAAACCUACCUGAACUGUUGGCGGUUCAGAGUGUGAUGGAUAAAUAUCUAUACACCACAGCAGUCAACAGCAAGAUAGCAGGGGUUGCAGUUGGAAAGUUUUUAAACAAUGUUAUAAAACAAAAAUUUACGACCCCGGACAAGAUUCACGUGGUCGGUUACAGCAUGGGGGCUCAAGUAUCUGGGUACUUAGCUAGGGAAGUCAAGGCAGAACAUGGAUUGAUAAACUUCAUUAUGGGACUAGACCCAGCUGGUAUUGGCUUCACCCCGUCCACUUUCGCCUCAUGGUACACCGGACUGACGCACGUGACGGCAGACGACGCACAAUAUGUUCACUUCGUGCACUGCAACUCCCUUGGCUGGGGAACACUUCACUACCAAGCCACGGCAAACUUUGUCUUCAACGGAGGGAAUUUCCAGCCUGGGUGUGCCACCAGUAAAAAUCUCGGAUGCAGCCACAACAGAGUGCCGUUCUACUUCAUUGACAGUGUUUUGUACCCAGAAAACUUUGUAGCUAAGAAAUGUGAUUCGUGGAAAAGUUUCACCUCCUGUCAAUGUGAAUCUGAAGAAACGGUGUUCGUGACCUUCCCACCUGUAUUGGGAGCUAAAGGAACUUAUCAAUUAAAGACAAAUUCAGAAACUCCGUUUGGACUUUCAGAAGCCGGUGUCAAAUGUGAAAAGGACACCACAGUGUUGGAAGUAUCUAAAUUUGUGAAAUCACUUCAAGAAAACAAUAAGAAAAUCAGAAAGCAGGGCUUGAAACUAAAUGGAAAAUAUGUCAAAACGUCAAGCAGAAAAGUUCACAAGACGGCAAAAUCUCCUAUAUCAUUUCGUCAUAGGACUGUAGACAAAUAUAUUAAAUUACAUCCGAAAAAACCAGCGACAUCAAGAAGUAGUAAAAAUAAAGUUAAACACAGUGCUAAACUUAAGAAGCAAUCAAAGACACAUGAUAUAUCCAUGCAUGAUAUGGUGGAACAUAUGCAUCACAACGUCGUUGAUAAAUGAUUUCUAAAACAUAACUUGUGAAUUCAUCCAUAGCAAUCUAAAUUUUAUAGGUAUCUAUUUUUUCUGUUUAUUUUUUAUCUAAAUUUUACCGUUCCUUCUAAUCUUGCAAUCUUCAAAAAGAUUUUAAAUUUUAAAUAAUAAUAGAUGAAGAAAAUUUUUGAUGGUGAGAAUUUAAGAAACACAUAGGCUACCAGUAUAUACACUUUUGUUGAUUAGUAAAAAAAUGGAAUUUUUA